UAUGUUGUCGCUGGGAAAAGUGAGUAUGGAUCCAGUUGUUGCGGUCACUAUGAAGAAGCUCGUCGUGUUUUUCGAGUUGGCAAUCAUUCUUACAGCUAUUUUGGCCGAUUUCGUCAAUCGAGACAACACAGACGACGUAUUCUACAUCCAGAUUGAUAAUGAGGAGAAAGAAUACGUGAGAAAACCGUUCAAUCCUGAUUGGAACAGUUUGGACACCCGAGAAUUACCAACAUGGUACGACGAGGCCAAAUUUGGCAUUUUUAUCCAUUGGGGAGUAUUCUCAGUCCCCUCGUUCGGCGAAUGGUUUUGGUACAAUUGGCGAGAGGGAAGUCCUUCGUUCGUGGAGUUUAUGCAGAAAAAUUAUCCACCGAAUUUCACGUAUGCCGGCUUUGCGGAGCAAUUCCGCGCCGAGUUCUUUGAUCCUGAUCGUUGGGCUGAAAUACUCGAAAGCUCAGGAGCUAAAUAUGUUGUCCUGACUAGCAAACAUCACGAAGGAUUCACUCUUUGGCCGUCAAAGUAUUCUUGGAACUGGAACUCGAUGGAUAUUGGGCCUAAACGAGACCUCGUCGGUGAAUUAGCUGAAGCUAUUAGAAGGAAAACAGAUAUGCGUUUUGGCAUCUAUCACAGUUUGUACGAAUGGUAUCAUCCCCUGUACCUCCAAGAUAAAGCCAAUAAUUUUACUACCCAGGAUUUUGUCCAAUUCAAAACGAUGCCUGAACUUUACGAAUUGGUAAACACCUAUGAACCGGACGUCAUUUGGUCGGAUGGUGAUUGGGAAGCUAGUGAAAAAUACUGGGAUACGCUAAACUUCCUCGCUUGGCUCUACAAUGAUAGUCCGGUCAGAAAUACGGUAGUCGUAAAUGAUCGGUGGGGACAUGGCGUGGGAUGUAAGCAUGGCGAUUUCUUGAAUUGUCAAGACAGGUACAAUCCAGGUGUUUUGCAGACGCGUAAAUGGGAGAACGCCAUGACCAUUGACAGAUACGCCUGGGCCUUCCGGAGAAACGCUCGUCUGGAAGACUUCCUAACGACCCAAGAGCUGAUCGAGACUCUUGUGACUACCGUCAGUUGUGGAGGAAAUUUAUUGAUGAAUAUCGGGCCCACGGCGGACGGCACGAUUCGACCAAUAUUCGAAGAGCGUCUGCGUGAUGUCGGCUCGUGGCUCCAAGUCAACGGUGAGGCUAUUUUCGGCACCCGUCCUUGGAUACUCCAGAACGACACUCUCACCGGCAGUGUUUGGUACACCAGCAAAAACACAUUGUUUUGGACGUAUGUGUACGGAAUAACUUUGCGUUGGCCGGAAAACAACGUGCUGAUGCUUGGAGCCCCAUUACCAUUAACUGACCGCUCAAUCGUCAUUUUGCUGGGAUACGAAGAGCCAUUAAAAUGGAACAUUUUUAAAGGCGUCUUAUCAAUCCAGUUUCCUGAAAUAGACCAAGUUGCCAGUCAGUCUGGGUGGACUAUCAAAUUCGCCAUGUAAUAUUUAGCAUUGCCUACAAGUAUUUGAAAACCAAGGUAUGUACACAUAUUGGCACGAUUUGGAGAACCACAAUUGGUUCCCAUGAUUUGGUUUGGCUAAAUAUUUAAUUGACUUUCUUCCCGUACUGUUCCCAUAUCUGUUUGUUUUUAUGGCCUGAGUUGCAGACGAUCUGGUUUCACUUUCAUAAGGCAGUAAAACGAAAAAAAGGAAGCUGCUGUAUCCAAGCAACCCCCACUGCGCGAAAAGGGGAUUAACCUCUCCAAUCGGCUGCGUUGGAGGUCCUUUUUGGUUUUCGGUUUUUCGACUGAAAUCUAAUUCUAUGUAAUAUUACUUAAAAACGUGCACUUUGUUUGGUAUUCUAGUUGUAAAUCCUUCGCUAGUUUCGAUUGCUCCCAUCUUCGUAACAAUUCUUUUAUGAUUUAAAUGCAUAACCUGUGAAAAUCUUAGUAGAAGUUGGAUACAUCACCCAGUUUCAUUCA